CCAUGUUAUUACCUAAACAGGAAAAAAAAUUGAAGUCAUUUACAUCUGAAACCCUCUCUUUGCCGCUGUGAGAAAGAAGUUCAUUCAAUGUGAUUUUGCACAUCUUCAUCGUUGUGUUACUAUGGACUUAUCAAAUCCCGCGAAGAACAUGCUUAGGUACUUUUCAAUUUCAAACCCUAAUUUCUGUCUUAACUAUCUCAAAUCCCUAGUUUUUCCCACAUUCUCUCCCAUUCCAAUCUUGAAUUAUAAUCACUUCCACUUAAAACCCACUUCAAAUCCUUCUUAUCUCUUCGUUUCCUCAACUGGGUCGUCUUCAAUUUAUUCUAUUCGGCAUCCAUUUUCUCAAUCUUCUCAGUCUUCACAUUUCAAGAACUGUAAUGGUCGUAGAAGUCAAAGGUUGGAACUUCGCUUGUUUACAUCUCGAAGUUAUUGUAGACACAUUUCAUCCUCUUUAACUGUUUUGAAUUGUGAUAAAGUUCGUGCAUUGCGUUUCUUUAAGUGGAUUGAACAUGUGCAGCCUGAGUUGUAUGAUAAUUUUGACAUUUGUAGUUUGGUUGUUGAUAAUUGUGGGCGAUUGGAUGAUUACGAAGAGAUGCGUGCUCUUUUGGAAGAGUUCAAUGUGAAAAAAGUUUGUCUAACUGAAAAGGCAUUUGGGUUUUUGCCGGUAAUGAUUUCGAGUAAGGCUUCAACUAGGAAACAUAUAAGGAGAGUAGUUAAGGUGUUGAAUGAAGUUAGGGGCUCAUGUCGUGUUUCUGGUGUACGUGCAUUGAUUGAGGGGUUCAGUGUUCUUGGAUCCUUUGAAAUGGCUCGGUAUGUGAUAACGAACACCGAGAAGAAAGUUUCUUACUACAAUAUUUUGAUUGGGCAAAUGUGUCGGAAAUGUGAUUUUAAAGGAGUGAGAGAUUUGCUUGAUGAGAUGAGGCAAAUAGGGUGUGAACCAAACAGUCAAAGUUAUAAUUAUAUCUUUAGUAGUUUAUUUAAGAAGGGUGAAGAUGAUGGGGCUUGUAACGUGUUUAAAGAUAUGCUAGAAAAAAACUGCCCUCCUGAUGCUGUAACCUAUGAAAUUUUUAUACAUAACUUUUGUAGACUUGGGAAGUUUAGUGUUGCAUCUCAGUUCUUCGAUGACAUGGUGGGGAGAGGUAUUCAACCUCGGCCUGCAGCGCAUGCUGCAUUUAUCAAGGGUUAUUUCAACUUGCAGCGAUACAAGGAGGCACAUGAGUAUGUGGUUGGUUCAGCUGAUAAAUAUAAGAAUUCAAGCAACAUGAUGUACAGUUUGCUUGCGAGCCUGCAUGAUAAAAACAGAAAUGCUGUCAUGGCUAAGAAUAUUCUUUUGGAAAUGAUUAAGAAAGGUCUUAAACCUAACAUUUCAGUAUAUAGGAGAGUAUUGAAGCAUCUGCAGAUUGCAGAUAGAGAAGACAUGGCUAGCUCUCUAGCUAGCGGGCUUUCUAGUUUGAGUUUACAUUCCACUAAGGAAUCUGUAUGAUUUUUUUUUUUUUUAAAUGAAAUUCCAUUACGUUAUUUCUUCGUCUUCUUAGUUUAGCUCUGUAAAAGUAGCCUUUAGGAGCAUUGCAGCUAAAAUGAAGCUCAAGAGCAGUUUUUGCCAGAGGAUUAUUCUGAAACACCGCCUUGUGAAUUUUUUUAUUUUUUAUUUUUAAUUGUAUCAAGCAUCGGUGUCGGCUGCUGAAAAUAAGAUAAACUUUGUUUUGUACUUCCCUUGCUGUUGCAAACUGAGUUUGACCUUUGUAAAUUAUGAUGACAAUCCAUUUUCCCCAUCUAUUGGCCUUAAACUUUUU